AUGAGUCCGUUACUGGAUGUAUUCCCAGACCCGAAUUUUUUGUUGAAUCCAGUUAAAACUCUCUCGCGUCUGCCGACCGCCCCCUCCCUCUCUCGCUCCCUCUCGCUCCUCUCCGCCGCCGUUCCCCUCGCCCUCCUCCGCUCCGGCCGCCUCCUUCCCUCCUCCGGCGAGGGAAAGGGGUGGGGCCCGCCGCCACCGCGCCCCUCGCCUCCCUCCUCUCUGCGUCCUCCACUCCGGCCGCAUCUUGCCCUCCUCCCCUCCCCUCUCCGCCGGGCACCGGGAGGAGCCUCACCACGUCACCGCCUGGAAGGGACCUCCUUGCGGUCCCCUUCCCCUCCAUCGCCACCAUCCCCCGCCAACGGCCCUCUUCUCCCCGUCCCCUCUCUCAUCCCGCGGUGUCCAAUCCUAGAUCCCGCCGGUGACAUCUCCCUCCCUCCACACCGGUUAGUCUCCGCUCGUGUCUCUGCCACCUCCGGCGCCUCCUACACCGAGAUUCAAUCACCAUCUGGUUGUUUCACUUCAAUCGGAGGGUCAGCCUUGGGCCCUCAAUUUGUCGCUGAGGCCCUUGCACCUGAUAAUCCUCCAUUGAAGUACGAGUUUGGGCUGAGGUCCUGCUUCAUGACAACUUUGAGCUUAUUAUUGCAAGAGUCUGCCUUGGCUAUAUCACCCUUUCUACUCUACGCCCUUGUAUCUCAGAUGGGGUCACAAAUGAAGAAACGAUUUUUGACGAGCAGACAGCCAAGGCCCUGAAGAAGUGGCACAAGGCAGUGGUGAAGAAGAAGCCAACAAGGAGUCAUCGGAUGACCCUUCCGAGGCCCAAAGCGCAGACACACCAGCAGGAGGGAUGGAGGCUAGCAGGUACCGUCAAUGCAAACUACACAACCAGACUUGCCUUUGAUCUGCCCGGACAGUGCGAAGAGGCCAAGGUAAUCGGUGAUGGUGACAAAGAUUAUGGCUUUUUAGAGUGAACUCCUUUACGGAUGAAUCCAUCAUUUUGACCUCACCGUCGCAUAGCAUCUUCAUGUCCUCUAUGAGUGGCUUCAAGAACACAUUUGUAACGUCCCGCCUCCCCGAGAUCGGGCCCGCUUACAACUGACAGCUUUCUAGGAUAUAGACUACCCUCAUAGACCAACACAAGUUUUUUCUGCA